AUGGCCACACUACAGAUGUUGCCUGUGGUGGGCAAUCUCCAGAUCAGCGACCCUACUGCCAACAAUGAUGUCGACAUUGCCAAACAACUCAACGAGAAGCUAUGGGCUGAGGCAUUCAGCCAGCUGCGUAGCCGUCUCCAGAAGAAAGAUGUAAAGCAGUUUCAAGCCGACUCUUUUGAAACCCUAAAGAAAUAUGUCUUGUCUCAGCGCAAGAUCUAUAGAGACAAACCCGUGACGAAGCUGCUGAUCCGCCUCGAGCCCUUCUUUGAGAGGCUUCGGAGCUUUAGCGGCGUCUUUGAAACUUUUGCACAGGCCCAUGAGAUUGCCGGGUUGCUGUGGGGGAGCAUCAAGUUGGUCCUACAGUUGGCGUCCAAAUUCAACGAAAUCUUUGAGAACAUCGUCGUCAUGCUGGAGAAAAUCGACAAGCAUCUUCCCCGAUUCGAAACCUACAUCAAGGCCUUUCCCCAUUCCACACGGAUAAGCGAUGCCGCACUGAACCUGUACACCAAGAUUGCUGGGUUCCAACUGGAUUCUAUCCUGUUCCUCCAGCGGAAUCCCCUCAGAAACCUAAUACGGGGUGCCUGGGCAUCGUUUGAAGCAACGUUCCAGAAGUGCCUGACCGAGAUUCAAGAAUGCUGCGACUCGUUGGAUGUGGAGGCCUUUGCGGCCAAUAUCGAGAGCAAUAUCUCGCGACAUGAAGAACUGAAAGAGCUCCUAUCCCGCAGAGAACAGCCGGUCGUAGAUAAGCGGCCUAAGCUGCCCUGCCACAUCUUACAUCUCCCUCGCAAUGCCCGAUUUUCCGGGCGUCUGUCGAUUCUGGAUGACCUGCAAUCGGCACUUGUUCUGCCUUUGGACCGAGUCGAACAGCGUUCUGUCGCCGUUGCGGGGCUUGGAGGCGUAGGAAAGACGCAGCUCGCUGCCGAAUUCACCUGGAAGAAUCAAGACAAGUUCGACAUCAUUCUAUGGGCGCAUGCCGACACCUCUUCCAAGCUGGAGCAAGGCUUUCUUAAGCUGGCUAAGCAUUUAAACAUCUCAGAUGUAAAUCCUUCAGCGGAUACUAGCAAGGUCGUCGAGGCUGUUGUGCACUGGCUAUCCACUGAAAACUACUCGUGGCUACUCAUUUUCGACAAUGUUGACGAAGGCAUCAUUUUAAAGCCGUUCUGGCCAGUAUGUAGCCGAGGAUCUAUUUUGGUAACCACAAGAAACACGUUGCCCAAGGCAACUCCUGCCUCCACCUCUAUUCAUUUGCAUCCUCUUACUCACGAUGAAGGAAGAGAUCUUCUUCUCCUCUCCAUCAAGGAGAUGGGACAAGGCGCGAUUGAUAUCGACGCUGACGCUGCAUUUCGACUGUCCAUGGUACUCGGAGGUCUACCGUUGGCCCUUGCACAGAUUGCAGGAUACAUCUCGACCAUCGGCUGCUCGGUGGAAGAGUUUCUGGAAAUAUUUGAAGAAACACAACACUCGAGCGGAGAAAUCAUCUCAGGUCUUGACAGCACCGAUUUCAAUUAUGACUACACACUUGCUACCGUGUGGGAUUUGACUCUGGCCAAAUUAGAUCCCAAGGCUUUCUUCCUGUUGCAGAUGAUGGCCUACCUGGAUCCCGACUGCAUUCCAGAAGCCGUCUUCACCAGUCCGGAGAGCUCCAAAGUCGAUUUAGGCACAGAUUUCCCAAAGUCCAAAGUGAAGUACUUUGAGGCCCUGAAGAGCCUCUGCACCUACGAUUUCGUCCGUCGAGACGCCAAGACGAAAACACUCUCUAUACAUCGCCUCCUGCAGAAAUCUGUUCGCGAGCGCCUCUCAGACUCGGGCCGGCCUGCCGUCUUCCGCUUUGUCGUGCAGCUGCUGGGCGCCAUAUACCCACAGCAGAAGCUGGGCAUGGCCAUGGACCGUUUCUGGGAAAAGUGUGAUCUCUUCUUGCCCCAAGUCAUUAGUGUAAUUGGGCACUAUGACUGGGUUGUUGAAACGGAUCUGCCUUCAGAGCUGGAUGUUGAAGUGACUGAGACGUUCGCAAUUGAACUUGUAGAGCUACUUCACAACGCCACUUGGUUUAUGCAGGAAAAAGGCAUGUUCAAGCAGCUCCUACCCAUUGCCAUGGUUGGCGAAAACAUCCUCAAAUCUCUUGGGAGAGCUGAUUCCAUGCUCAUGGGCGAGCUGUACAACACCGUGGGCAAUGUCUACCUGGAGAUUGGAAACCACCAAGAAUGCCAAGAGUACUUCACCAAGGUAAAGGUUAUUCGGGAGGCUCUUAACCCUGCAGAUUCUCCCGUUGUAGCCAACAUUACAAAUAACCUGUCCCUGGCCGAGACGGCGCUGGGAAACUAUCAAGUUGCCGAGACUCUUAGCCGUAGAGUCAUUGCCAUCCGGGAAAGCCUGCCGGAUGACAAGUAUGCAGAAUACAAGAAGAACACGCUUCCAAUCAACAAUUCCAACCUCUGCCGCAUUCUCUGGGUCAUGGACAAGUUGGAUGAGGCGGCCGAGGUUGGGGAGCGCGCAAUGGCGUUGGCAAAGAACUCUUUUGGGCUUCGAUCUAGAAACACUGCUCAAGCCACGUUCAACCUUGCUGAUGUUCGGAUGAAGCAAGGUCAUCCAGACGCUCUAAAACUGCAUCUUCAAGCGCUUGUCCUCCGCAAGGAUGUCCUUGGCAACCAUUACCAGACAGCAGGUUCCUGCUACAAAGUAGCUUGUCUCUUCCUAGAACGGGGGGAUUUAAAAGCCGCCAGGCAAGUUUUUCCAGAGCUCUUGGAAGAAGCCGUCACUAUAUACGAGGCAUCCUUUGCAUGCGAAGGUCCGCUCGCCAGGACGCUGGUCAAGCUCUCAAAGACGGUUCUCGAGAUGGGCGAAGAAGCAAAGGCCAGAGAAAUACUAACCAAAGCAAUAGGAUUGCUGAAGAUUCUGCUCACCGAUUUAUCACAAGAGAAGGAUAUGCUGGAAAAACUCGACAGCUUGGUACCGUAUGUAGACCGCUAGAUAGCAGUGAUGGGUGCCACUAUAUGAAAUGCUCUUCCUCGACUU